UUUACGCUGCUCGUGCGCCCUCGAGCCGGCUCGCCUGGCAUCCUCGACUUCCUCAUCGAUCGCUCUGGCACCGGCGAGCCAGACGAGCCAGCGUACGCGGCGUUCAAGGACCCGUCCAGCGACGCCGUGACCCUCUACGACGCGCCCACCUCUGCCUUCCUCGGCCGCACCCGCACCGCGCCGCCCGCCGUCCCUCUCGCGACACCCGACCGCAAGAAGCACCGCCUCGUCGAGCUCGAGUCGCCCGCCGCCGAGGUGCACUUGCGCAACAAGCCCGGCCUUACCUGGUGCUGGGACCUCGAGUGGGAGGGCGCGCGCUUCACGUGGGCGAGGGACGUUGCAGGGCUGCUCGGCGGCGAGCGAGGUUACACCCUCUCGGCGGACCGCAAGCCCGACCCGAGUUUCCCGGUCCUCGUCUUCUCGCCGAGGAAGAAGGGCGGCAGCAUCGAGGUGCUCGACCACAACCUCGCUCGUGUCGAGCCGCCCAUCCAGGACAAGAAGGGUCUCGAGAUCGCGUCGCUCCUCGCCCUGUGCAACUUCAUCGACCACCUCUUUCCCGUCGACUCGCACCCCUCGCCUGCACCUGCUCUCGCCACCGCCGCCGUCGACGCGCCCUCACCGCCCCUCGCCCGCAUCGCGUCGCGCCUGCGCCCUUCUCCGCCUUUGCCGCCCCAACCACCGCGACCACCGCCGCAGCAGCGCAAGAAGGGCAGCCUGACGACCUUGGCGACCAACGAGAUCGAGGUGACUGACACGAGCGAGCCGGCGCUCGAGGCGCACUGCGAGCGCUGCCUGCACCUGCUCGAGGACCGGUCCCUCCUGUACCUCAGCAUCUCGACCUCGACGCCGUCGGCCGUGCCCGCCGUCGCCGCGCUCGCCGAGCGCGUCAAGCGCACGCGGUACAAGGUCAGCGGCGAGGAGGUGCGCCUCUUUGUCGAUGACGACGGCGCGGCAGGAGCGCACGACGAGCUGGGAGGGCGAGGCGGCAAGGGCAAAGGGCGACAGAGCUGUGCCCGCUCCUCCCACAGCGCUCAAGCUCUUCCUCUCGCGCAUCGACAUGACCGACAUCCUGCCCAACCACCGCCGCCGCCCCUCGACGACUCGCACCGUCGCCCGUCCUCCCAUCCGCCCGCCGAUCAACUUUGACGACCCGGCGCCACCACCACCACCACGGCCCUCGCCGCAGCCGCGAGCGAAAGUCGCGCCGCGCCGGCUUGAUCGCUCAGACCUGGAGCCGGCGGCACCCGACGGCUCAGCGGCGGGGUCGGUGGCGGUGGCGAGCGGGAGCGGCGGCGAGACACUGGCGCAGCAGGGCGCGCAGGGGCCGCCGGCCUCGAGCGGGAGCGGGGCAGGCGGGUGGCUCUCGAGCUGGCUGGGCGGCGGGCGGGGUCCGACGCAGUGAGCGAGGGGGCGCACGCAGCUGUUACGCGUACGCCGGCACGGCGAGGCGAGAGCUGUGCAACGUCGAGCCGAG